UACCUAAUCUCAUUAAAUAUCUUAUCUUUUUCACCAAUUCUUCUGUGGAAAAGUCUCUCACUGCAAAACCUAAGAAAACACUUUGCAGAUUUCUUCUACUUUCACAGAACAAAGUAAAGUUCUUUCAGUCUUCACUCCGAACUCAAUUUUCUGAUCAGAAGUUUCACUCUAGAUACUUUAUUUCCUUGUUUCCCACGAGCGAAUCAUGUCUGUAAUUGGAGAGGCUGCUUUAUCCGCUUUCUUUGGGAAGCUGUUUGACAACUUAACUUCCUAUGAUCUGCUGAAGUUCUUUCAGGAAGAGAAAGUCGAUGCUGACCUCAAGAGGUGGAGGACAACUUUGAUGAAGAUCCAUGCAGUUCUGGAUGACGCAGAAGAGAAGCAGACGACAAACAGGUUCGUGAAGAUCUGGUUGGAUGAGCUGGAAGACUUGGCCUAUGAUGUGGACGACAUCUUGGACGAGUUUGCUACUGAAGCUUUGGGACGCAAGUUGAACCCUGAACCCAGCACAAGUAAGGUGCGGAAGGUCGUUGAUGCUUGUAUUGGUUCGAAUCGAAGUUUUGCUACCACAAUGCGGUCCAAGAUUGAAGAGAUUGAUACAAGACUGCAAAAUAUAGUGACCGAUAAGAAAGAUCUGGAAUUGAGAGAAAAUGCAGGCCUGGGAAGAGCUGGAGCAACAAGACCAAGGGUGCCCACCACUUCUCUAGUGAAUGAAGGUCAUAUUCAUGGCAGAGAAGAAGAUAAAAAGGCUAUUGUCAAGUUGUUGUUAAGCGGUGAAUCGAGUAAUGCUCAGCUCUCUGUUAUUCCCAUACUUGGUAUGGGGGGAAUGGGUAAAACAACUCUUGCCCAACUAGUUUAUAAUGACAUUGAGGUGAGCCAUUAUUUUGAGGAGAAAGCAUGGGGCUGUGUUGCUGAAGAUUUUGACAUUGUAAGGGUGACAAGAGAAAUUCUACAAUCUUUCACUUCUGAAUCCUGCAACGAUAAUAAUUUAGAGUUACUACAAGUCAAAUUGAAGGGGAAAUUAUCAGGCAAAAAGUUCUUACUCGUUUUGGAUGAUGUAUGGAAUGAAAACUAUAAUGAUUGGACUAGACUACGUUGUCCAUUUGAAUUUGGGGCUCCAGGGAGUAAGAUUAUCAUUACAACUCGAAAUGAUCGCGUUUCAUCAAUAAUGGGCACUACACAAGCUUACAAGUUGAACAAGUUGUCAGAUGAUGCUUGCUUGGUUGUAUUUAUCCAAAACACAUUGGGGACAGCAGAUUUUAGCGCAUAUCCAGAACUUCAAGAAUUUGGUCCUAAAAUUUUGGAAAGGUGUCAGGGAUUGCCUUUGGCAGCAAAAGCUCUUGGAGGCCUAUUACGUACCAUACAUUUUGAUGAGUGGAAAAAUGUGCUCAAUAACAAGGUAUGGGAUAUGUCAGAAGAAAAUAGUGAUGUUCUACCAACCCUUAGAUUGAGCUAUCUAUAUCUCCCUUCACAUUUAAAGAGAUGUUUUGCCUAUUGUUCACUGUUCCCAAAAGAUUAUGAAUUUAAGGAACAAGAACUAGUCUUGUUAUGGAUGGCGGAAGGUUUGGUUCAAGAAUCAGAAAAGCAUAAGCCAGUGGAAGAUCUUGGUGUUGAGUAUUUUCGUGAUUUAUAUAAGCGAUCACUUUUUCAACAAUCAAGUAGGAAUAAAUCACUCUUUGUCAUGCACGACUUAAUCAAUGAUUUAGCUCAAUGGGCAGCGAGACAUUUGUGCUAUUGGUUGGAAGAUAAAUCAGGUGGUAAUAUGCAACCAAAGAUUUCUACAAAGGUACGUCAUUUCUCCUACGCUCAUUGUGCAUAUGAUGGCAUCACAAAAUUUAAAGGCUUGACAAAAGAUAUGCGUUUACGGACCUUCCUACCGCUACAAAGAAAGUACUCAAGCUACUUAACAAAUUGUGUUUUUAGUUGUCUAUUGCCACAGUUUAGAUGUUUAAGGGUAUUAUCUUUAUCUCAAUAUCAAAUUUUUGAGUUACCAAGUUCAGUCGGUGAUUUGAAACAUCUAAGAUACCUCAACCUUUCUAAAACUAUGAUUAGAAGUUUACCAGAAUCAACAAGUUCUUUAUACAAUUUGCAAACAUUAAUAUUGAAAUAUUGUGAGAGACUCACAAAGUUACCGAAGAAAAUUGGAAAUCUAGUCAAUCUUCGCCAUCUUGAUAUUGAAGGGGCCCAUUUAAUCAAAGAGAUGCCAAUGGGAAUAAAAGAGUUAAAAAAUCUACAAACAUUGUCUAAUUUUGUUGUGGGGAACAAUACUGCAUCAAAGAUAGGAGACUUGAUGAACUUGGAGUCUCUUAAGGGAACACUUUGCAUUUCACACUUGGAGAACGUGCUUGAAGUCGAGGAUGCAAGAAGGGCCAACUUACUUGGUAAGAAGAAUUUAAAUGUAUUAGUGAUGAAAUGGGAGUCCGAGCUUGAUCAAAGAGCUAGUCUAGAUAUUCUUGACAUGCUACAACCUUCAACAACAGUGAAAGAAAUUUCAAUUGAUGGCUAUGUUGGUGCAAAAUUCCCAACUUGGUUUGGACAUCCAUCAUUUUCUAAUAUGGUGCUCCUAAGGAUUGAGAGGUGCAGAAAAUGUACAUCUUUACCUGCAAUUGGACAAUUACCAUUGUUGAGAGACCUUGUCCUUGUAGGAUUGUCUGCAGUGCAAACCGUUGGUCUUGAGUUUUAUGGGAAAGAUUUCCCAAAACCUUUUCCAUCCUUAGAGUCACUUUGCUUUAAGGAUAUGCAAGAAUGGAAAGAUUGGAUUCCAUGCAAAGUUCAAUAUGAAGAAUUCCCUCAGUUGCGUGAGCUUUCUAUUUCUAAAUGCCCUAAAUUGCAAGGAAAAUUGCCUCACCAUGUUCCAUUAUUGGAAAAAUUUUCUAUUAAUGGAUGUGAGCAAUUGGAAGUUUCAAUUCCAAACUUCCCAAAGCUUCAUGCAUUAGAAAUUAAAGGAUGUAAAGGGGUGGCGAGCAGAAGUACAGAUGAGUUAUGCUUUCCAAAGUCAACCAUUCUUUCUAUUCCAUAUGUGAAAAGCUUGACGGAGGAGUUCAUGCACGGGUUAGCGAAGGUAGAAAAUCUAGAGAUAGAUAAUUGUAAGGAGCUAACAUCUUUGUGGCAGGAUGAAUUCAUAUCCCUUAUAACGCUGAAUAUAAGAGAUUGCUCAAGCCUUGUCAACAUCAGCUUGACAUCUACUUUAAAGACACUAAAUAUUUUGGGUUGUAGUGGUUUGAAAUCCUUGUCAAUCUCUAAUUGUACAUGUUUGGAAAAGGCAAGCAUUAGGAGUUGUAAUUCAUUGACGUUGAUUUCAAGAGGUCAGUUGCCUCAAAAUUUGAAAACGCUAAAUAUAAGAGAUUGUGAGAAUUUGCAAUUUUUGGUAGAUGAGGGAGAGGCUUCUUCUAAUUCUUCUUCUCUUCUUGAGGACUUGUCUAUUAACAACUGUCCAUCUCUAAAAUGCUUAUCAUCAAGUGGCGACCUACCUACCACGCUUAAACGCCUUCAGAUUUCGUCAUGCAUAGAGUUCACAUCCUUAUCAUCAAAAAACGAGUUACCUACAGCUCUUAAAUACCUUGUUGUAGGGAACUGUCCGAAGAUGGAGUCAAUAGCGAACAACUUACCCAACAAUGCGUCUCUUGAAUAUCUUCAAAUCGUAAGUUGUGCAAAGUUGAAAUCCUUACCGGUGGGCCUACACAAACUCUGCCACCUCAAUAAGAUCGAGAUAUGGAACUGCCCUAGUUUUGUUUCCUUCCCAGAUGGAGGGUUACUCCCCACCAGCUUGAGAGAGCUUUGGAUCUGGGACUGUGAGAAACUGGAGGCCUGGCCCAACUGCAUGCCGAACCUCAAUUCUCUUCGUAUCGACAAUUGUCCAAGCGUCAUAUAUUUUCCAGAAGAGGGUUACCCCACCAGUCUAACAUCACUCUCAUUUGUCGGGGAGAAUAUCUGUAAGCAAGUAACUGUGUGGGGAUUGCACAGACUAACCUCUCUUACAUCACUCUGUAUUUAUGGUGGAAUUCCAGAUUGGCAGUCGUUUCCAGAUGAGCAAGAUGGGAAGCUGACGAUGACGCUUCCUUCCUCUCUUACCAAGCUAUCGAUUUGGAGCAUUCCAAAUAUUGUAAUCCUAUCUUCUUUGGGCUUUCAAAAUCUCUCUGCUCUUGAACAAUUGUGCAUCGGAAAUUGCCCUAAUCUCGCACUCAAAACAUUGAGAAUUUACAGUUGUCCACAUCUGCAGAGGCGGUGCAAGAAAGACAGCGGCGAGGAUUGGCAUAAGAUUGCUCGAAUCCCCAACUUUGAUAUCGACGAAGACGAUCCUCCACCAUUACAAUCAAGGAAUGGUUGCAAGGCGCUUCAGAAACUGAAAUUUUGGUCCACAUAA